UUUUUCUUCUCCCACCCCUCCCACGUUGUCUAGCCACUUGUUUCUCAGCCUCUCAACCACUUCCAUUCCCCCGCUUCGUUCUGACAUCCACUUCCUUGACGAGCACUCUCCCUACCCUGAAUCACCUUGACACACAACGUCGGGUUCUUGUUCAAGCAAAGUACCCGGCUUCCUUACUGUUAGGUUGAGGGACUUCUGAGCUUGAGGUAUCUUUCUCUGAGUCAUAGGAGACCAUCCUCACGCUCCUCGUCGCGAUGUUCUUCUCCCAGCUACCGACUCAUCUCCAGCGCGCUACCGAGCUACAGCAGGAGCCCCCUAAAGGCAAACCUUACGGCGUUGCCCUACCGGGCACCGAAAAACCAGGGCGCUCUCCCGUCUACCGGACCUGGAACUCAGCAAAAGAGCUAGUAAAAACACUAGACCCUGACGUGGCUACUGCGCAUGACAUAUUUGAGUCGACCGCCAGUAGAGUGCCCAAGAGCGACUGCUUGGGAUGGCGCCCAUAUGAUCCGAUAGUCAAGGCCUACGGUCCAUACCAGUGGAUGGAUUAUGAGACGGUUCAGAAGCGACGUACUGCUUUUGGUGCUGGUCUGGUCGAAUUACAUCAGAAACAUGGCUGCCAUCGCCCUGGCCAAUAUGGAAUUGGUUUAUGGUCCCAGAACCGCCCGGAGUGGCAACUGACUGACCUUGCCUGCAUGUCUCAAAGUCUGUACUCGGUCUCCAUCUACGACGUUCUCGCGGCAGACGCUACGGAGUACAUCAUCAACCACGCCGAAUUGCACUGUGUCGUGACUUCUUUGCCCCAUAUUCCCACUCUGCUGAAAUUAAAGCCAUUGCUGCCGGGUCUGAAAAUCAUCGUCAGCAUGGAUCCUCUGGAGGCUGGGGAACCCGCCAGCCUUUCUAAGCGCGCGCUCCUCGAAUCGGUUGCGGCUGGGCUGGAGAUAUCUAUCUACACCAUCGAGGAGGUGGAAGAGCUUGGGGCGUCGUCAAAACGUACCUGCAAUCCCCCAUCCCCAUCUGACAUAGUUACCAUAAAUUAUACGUCCGGCACUACAGGGAAUCCCAAAGGGGUGGUCUUGACCCAUGAGAAUACUGUCGCGGCAACUUCAAGCGGCCUCGUAGUAACUACGCAGGCACCUGGUGAUACUCUGGCAUCAUAUCUUCCACUAGCACAUAUUUACGCGCGGCUGUCGGAACAUGCAGCAUUCUGGGCGGGGGCUCGAAUUGGCUACUUCCAUGGGAAUAUGCUGGAACUCGUCGAUGACCUGAAAGUCCUCAAGCCUACUGGAUUCAUGUCAGUUCCAAGGCUGUUCAGUCGCUUCGGAAAUGUCAUUCGCUCGGCUACCGUGGACCAGCCCGGUUUCAAGGGAGCUUUGUCGAGACAUGUUGUUGCGGCGAAGACAGCAAACCUGGAGAAUCCCGACGCUAGCAAAGCUACAAUAAAGCAUGCGGUGUAUGAUCGCAUCUGGUCGAAAAAGGUUUCCGCGGCGCUUGGCCUGGAGCGCACUAGAGUGAUGGUCUCUGGUUCUGCGCCUCUGGACCCGACCCUCCACCAGUUUUUGAGAGUGGCUACUGGUACCGAUAUCAUCCAAGGUUACGGGUUGACCGAAACAUACGCAAUUGCAUGCGCUCAAUCCCCGCGAGAUUUGACUGCCGGGAAUUGUGGGCGACUUGCUCCAUGCAACGAGGCCUGUUUGGUCUCUCUUCCGGAUAUGGACUACUCAGUCGAUGAUAAGCCCUUCCCACGGGGUGAACUGCUCUUACGUGGAGGGAACAUCUUCCGUGAGUAUUAUAAAAAUCCAGAAGAAACGGCCAAUGCGAUGACUGAGGACGGAUGGUUCCGGACCGGUGACGUUUGCACCAUUGAUGAUAUGGGCCGAAUCAUCAUCAUUGAUCGUCGCAAGAAUGUCUUGAAGCUGGCGCAGGGAGAAUACAUCUCCCCUGAGCGUCUAGAGGGCGUUUACCUGUCUGAGCUAGGCUACUUGGCGCAGGGCUACGUCCAUGGUGAUAGUGUACAGACUUUCUUGGUGGGUAUCUUUGGUGUGCAGCCCGAAUCAUAUGCUCCGUGGGCCAGCAAAGUGCUCCGUCGAAACAUUGAGGUCACGGACAUUGACGGCAUCAAAUCGACAUUGGAUGAACCUCAGAUACGUCGCGCGGUGUUGCGGGAUCUCGACCGCGUCGCAAAGAAACAUAAACUUGCAGGCUACGAAAAAAUAAAGAACUGCGCGCUGAUGCUGGACCCUUUUACAGUUGAGAACAAUCUGUUGACGCCGACUUUGAAGCUGAAACGUCCUCCGGCUGUGAAGAAGUAUCGCCAUCUUCUGGAUGACUUAUAUACGACGGCGUUGGCUGAGGAAGCCGCUCCGAAGGCCAAGCUCUAGGAGAUAUUGACGUCGAUAAUAUGUUUAUGUGCUAAAACACAUGCUAGCCAGUUAGACUGCUGGAGCUGCCUUGUACAUAUUUUUUCUGUGAUUAUUCAAUUAUCCAUGUAGUUUAUUUAGCACUUCAAUGAUCUUGGAAUCCAAGGCUGAGCCUUUGAGCAUGGUAAAAGGUUAUUUCACCCGUUCACCCGGGUGAUGGGGAGUUGGGGGUUGUGGGGUUUCUGUGUGUGCUGGGGAGGGGACAAUAAGGUAUUGUACGGCAGUUACUGCAUACAUAGAAACGGGAGUCACUAUCCUUACCACCAGAGAUUCUAAGAC